GUCGCCCGCCUGGCCGUCAGCAAGAAUCAGCCCUUGUGAAUAACCAGGGCUGUGUUUGUUAUUCCCACUACACAGGGAUCACUCUCGGAUAUAGUAAAAUGCCAGGUGAAGCGAGGAGCUGCUGAACAUGAGUGAUGAUAAACCCUUUGUUUGCACUGCUCCUGGAUGUGGCCAGCGCUUCACAAAUGAGGACCACUUGGCUGUUCACAAACACAAACAUGAGAUGACGUUAAAGUUUGGUCCAGCUCGUAAUGACAGUGUCAUCGUGGCUGACCAAACUCCAACUCCAACUCGUUUCCUUAAGAAUUGUGAAGAGGUAGGGCUUUUUAAUGAGCUGGCAAGUCCAUUUGAAAAUGAAUUUAAGAAGGCUUCAGAAGAUGACAUCAAAAAGAUGCCCUUGGACAUGUCACCACUUGCUUUACCAGCAGUUAGAACUAAAGUGGAAGAUAUGCCGAUUGUGGAAACAAGUCAUCAGAAUAGUCCCCUCCCUCACCCAGAGUCAACCACCAGUGAUGAAAAGGAUGCCCCAUUACAACAAACACAAACUGUAUCAACUAUUCGUCCAGCAUCUUUGCAAGUUCCUAAUGUACUACUUGCAAAUUCAGAAACUGGUGUUGUCAUACAACAGGCUUUGCCCUCUCCAACCUCUACUUCUGUCAUCACACAGACUCCACCAACAAACAGAAAUAUAGUACCAGUAUCUGGUUCAGUUCCUCUCUUGUUACAGCUACCUAAUGGACAGACCAUGCCUGUCACUAUUCCUGCAUCAAUCACAAACCCAUCUGUCCGUAUUCAUACAACAGUUCCCAUUAUCAGGCCUGUCACCAUGGUGCCUAAUAUCCCUGGAAUUCCAGGUCCUCCAGUCAACAACAUUGAACCUUCCUCUCCACAACCUAUGCAGUCAGAAGCUAAACUGCGACUGAAAGCAGCUUUAACACAACAGCUCCCUCAGGUUACUAAUGGUAAUAAUUCCAUUGGUCAAACAAGUGGCACAAUGAGGAUUCAAUCAAAGGAAGCACAUCCACAGUCACUACAGGAAGCUGCAACUUCCACUACUCAACCAAUGGGCUCCCCAGGUCAGCCUACGCAACAGAUUCAGACCAGUGGUGGUAGAAGGAGGCGAGCAAUGAAUGAAGACCCAGAUGAAAAAAGGCGGAAGUUUUUAGAGCGUAACCGAGCAGCUGCUUCAAGGUGCAGACAGAAGAGAAAAGUCUGGGUGCAGUCUCUUGAAAAGAAGGCAGAGGACCUCAGUUCAACAAAUGUACAACUACAGAAUGAAGUCACCCUGCUGAGAAAUGAAGUGGCUCAGCUGAAGCAGCUACUUCUGGCUCAUAAAGAUUGCCCUGUAACAGCCAUGCAGAAGAAAUCUGGCUAUCACAAUGUAGAAAAGGAUGAGAAUUCUAUAGACAGCCCUCUACCCAGCAGCCCCCAAACCCAAGUCAUCCAACACAGUUCCAUCAGCACCUCAAAUGGUAUAAGUUCAACAGCAAUGGCAGAGGCUGUUGCUACCUCGGUUCUCACCCAGAUGGCAGACCAGAGUUCGGAGAUAAACCUACCUGUCCAGUCUCAUGUUACCAUCGCUCCUUCGUCUCAGUCUCAACCUUCAGCGAGUUGAUUGGAUAAUACCUGCAUUACAUAAAUCAACAGAUAUUGUCUCAACGGUGACUGUAAAAUGGAAAUUUGAGCACGGGGAGAACAGAUCUCCAAAAACAACUUCUAUACUCCAAGUUUAGUGCUUUUAUUAGUUGUAUUUCAGAUGUGGCUACAGCAGUGUAAACAAAGUGAACACUUAACUUCAGCCUUGAAAACAGAUAUUUUAGUCAUUGUUCUUUGAUCCACAAUGCAUUUUCUAUUUUCUACACUCAAGUAACAUUUAAGUAUCUUUUUCUGUCUGUCUUUAUGGCUGUGCAGUAGGGGACAAAAUUUUUUUGUGAACAGUGUAAUUACAUUUUAAGGCCACUCUCCUGAGACUGUGAAGAAAAGAUCAAACUUUAUUGAUAGGAAAGCUCAACGUGGACUAUCUUGACCUGUAAUCCUGUUCAUCUGGUCAUGAACUGCUCUCCAGAGGUCCAAGAUAAACCAAGCCUCUAAUCCAUGACACGCGAACGUAACAUUGGAAAAGUAACGUUUCCAGUGCUUCUUUUCAAACAAAUGUUUUUAAUUUAAAAAUAAUAACAAAAAUGUUAAAUAAUUCAAUAAAACUUAUUCUCCAUCUAAACGACAAAUUAAUAAAUCCUUGGACCCUGAACUGGCCGUGAGGGGGCCUCUGUUUUCAGAUAUAGGAAGCAUUUAUUUCUUUGCCUUUUCUAAUUUGCACAUUGUGAAGGGAAUGAAAGAUUGAAAGAAUGUUUGAUUGUUAGUAAUUUUGUUUAAUUAGACUUUUGUUUUGUCAUUUUUAAUAAGAUGUAGUCAAUCUGUUUAGUUUUUUUUAAAUCUUCAGUCUGAAAAGCUCAGCAACUUUGUUGGGUAUCAUAAUGAAUGAUGCAUAUACCAGUGGUCUAUUGUUUAGACCAACAGUUCUGUGAAUGUUGCCUUUAAAUAUCACACUGACCUUUGGUGAAAUCUUAUUUAAAUGAUUGUGUAUACAGAUAAUGAAUAUUGAUGAUUAACAUUCCAUGUGCCGUUUGAUUGUAUAUUAUCUUUCUUCUCCUCAAAACUUCUGUGAAAUGAUUCAUUUUACUAAAUGUGCCAUCAACACUUGGUCAAACUCAGAGAUAAUUUGAAAUUGGAGAAGCAGAAAACAACUACUAGAAUAUUAUGCAUUGACAUUGACAACAUCAGUAUAAAAAAAUUGGAAGAUAGAUAUAUUUGGACAACAGAAUAUCAGUAGUUCAAAGAUGUCUUCACAUGUAAAUAAGACUAUAGAUACACACACACAUUGAGCUGCCACAAAGUUGUUUUUAGCAAAAUUAACAGGACAUGGAAUAUAAUUUCUCCAGUACAGUUUCCAGGUCUUCUAGUUUAUAAUUGUGUAAUUUGUCAAAUUAGAAUGUAGGAACUGAUACAGGAUGUUUGACAGAAGCUUCUUGUGACUUUUGGAGAAACUUCUCAACAUAUAGUAGUAGAUUAUUAUCUCGUGAUGGAUAUCAGUUACACUACUCAACAGAAUCAAUUUCAUAAUCCUUGUUUUACAGACUGUAUCUGUAGACAAAAAAAAUGUAUCUUUAUCUUGAUUGCAAGCUUCCAUUUCUACAGAGGUAGCUUGAGGUGUAAUCUUCCUCUUUGUGCAAUUUGCAUGAGUAAGUUCUCUGAGAGAAUAAAUAAUUUAUCUAAGAAGAA